UAGGGAAAUAACGAUACAGAAUUUUGAACGGCUCUGGUUGGGUGAUAGGGAUGGGCCUGGGUUAUUGGAUUGAAGAAGGAUUAUGGUGUGCAAUUUUCAAACGAUUUGAACAGCGGCUCUGGUUGGGUGGUAGGGAAUGGGCCUGGGAGAUCAUUUAUCGUCUCAGCCAAUCUUCGCUUUUUCAAACUAGGUACGUCCAAAAUCCCCAUUCCUAUCAGGCCUUGGCGGGUGGCAGGGACGGGCCUGGGUUAUCGAAAAUUGGGAGGGGAACAUUUAUUGACACAGAUGCAAUUUCGUGAUCAGGCUCUGGUUGGAUGGCAGGGAAUGGGCCUGGGUUAUCAGAAAUUGGGGGGGUGGACUGUGGUAUGCGCUUUUCAUCUUCAUUGAAGCACAGUCAGCUCAUGCCCAUGAAGGCAAUAACAAUGCAGAUAUACGAAUUCGAUUUUCAAACCGGCUCUGGUUGGGUGGUAGGGACGGGCCUGGGUUAUCGGAAAUUGGGAGGGUGGAGGGUUGUGGUACGUGUUUUCAUCUCCAUUGAUGCUCAGCCAGCUAAUGAUCAUUCAGGGACUAAUACCGCAGUUAAACGAAUUCGACUUUCAAUCUGGCUCUGGCGGGUGGUAGGGACGG